CGUAAUCGUCCCAGUCGUGUUGCGGUAGCAUUUCCGCUACAGACCCAGUUCAGUUUGCUGCUGUUGUUGACCACACAAUAAAUCGAGAAAAUUAUUGCUGUCAGACGAGGAAACAUGGAACGUCCAUCUUGUGUUUCGGAGGAAUUGAAGCAAUUUGUUGUACAUGGCGCUCCAUCUACAGCGUAUUACAUCCCAAGUUUCAUAUCUGGAGACGAGGAGUCUUACCUCCUGCAGCAGAUCUAUAAAUCACCUAAACCUAAAUGGACCCAGUUGUCUGGCAGAAGGCUUCAGAACUGGGGAGGUUUGCCACAUUCCAAAGGCAUGUUGGAGGAAAAGAUCCCUUCCUGGCUUGAUGGAUAUUGUGAGAAAGUUUCUUGUUAUGGUGCAUUUGGUGGGAAAACGGCCAACCAUGUGUUGGUGAAUGAGUAUAAACAAGGAGAGGGGAUUAUGCCACAUGAAGAUGGUCCUUUGUACCACCCAACAGUCACCACUAUCACUCUUGGCUCUCACACCCUCCUGGAUUUCUACAAACCCAUCCAUCAGCUGGAGGGCAACGCCUUGCUGGCAGAGGAGAAUCGGUAUCUUUUCUCGCUGCUCUUGAGGCCGCACAGCCUUUUGAUACUUCAGGACGACAUGUACCAGAACUUUCUCCAUGGCAUCCAAGCCUGCGAGCAGGACACUCUGACAGACAAGGUGCUUAACCUGACGGCUGCUGGAGCCAAGCCAGGAGAGACACUGACCAGAGGAACCAGAAUAUCCUUGACCAUUCGUUAUGUUCCCAAAGUCUUGAAGACAAAGCUUAUUCUAGGAAGAAAGUGAAGACGGAAGUUCCUCACUUUGACUCAGUUAUUCCAUGAAGUUAUUCCAUUAAACAAAAGAAAAUUCAUGUUGAUUAGGGGAUAAUGUCAAUAUAAAAAACUCUCAUCAGUGGAUCAGCAUUUUUUAAUUCAAAUGUUUGCUUUCUCUGUGGUAACAUAGCAGAAAUAUAAACAUGUUUAACCUGAUAUGCUUAAAAGUAAAGUUAGCACUUGUAACCUCUGCCAGCAAUACAGGAAAAUACGCAGCAUGCUGUGUUUGUAUGUCACCAGUGCAACUUAAAAACUACACUUUCCACAAAACUUGUAUUUGAAUGUGAUUUAGACGAACUCUGGUCCAAGGACAACUGCAGACAUCACCACGGGGUGGUGUUUGGCCUUGGCAGGUCUACAUUUUCCUGACUGACAUUAUACUUGUAGGAAACAAACUGUUCAAUCUGCUGAAGGGAGUCCAAUGUAUAAUAAAGGCUCACCAUGUGGCUGUCCAUUUCAGAUUCAGUUUUCUAAAGCAGUGUGAUUGAAGCAAAGUAGUGAACAUAUGAUCUCAAGUUCCUCUUUACUCCCAUUUUGGCUUGGUUUCCAUGGUAAUGCAUCUUGGUUCGUAGUCCUCUGGGUCUGGUAUUUUCUGCUAAUAAACGCUACUUCCCCCAA